AUGCUGGAGGACAUGACCAAUUCGUCGGCAGAAAUUGCUGUCCUGACGACGAAUGCAGGAGCGUCUUCGGACGCUGAAAAUCGUGAGAUCGUAGCCGUUGCCCCGGGCGACAUAUUCGUCAAACGUUUGCGUGAAUGGGCACUGGACUUCAAUAUUGCACACGCUCCCAUAAGAGCCCUGUUGACUAUUUCUACGCCGAUUGUGCCCCAACUACCGGCAGACCCCAGAACACUCUUGGGAGCGGCUUAUGAUCUGAAGGUUGCCCCAAUGGGUAGCGGUGAGUAUGUGCACGUCGGCUUAGAAAGGCAACUACGUAGACUUAUAAAUAAGAAUAUAGUAAACCCAGGUUGCGAUAUAGAGCUUCAGUUAGCCAUCGAUGGUCUGCCAGUAUUCAGAAAGGUAAAUACCGAAAUGUGCCCAAUCUUAGGUAGAAUUUCGCGGCCCAUUGUCAGUAACAUUUUUCCAGUUGGCAUUUACUGUGGUACUGGAAAACCAUCAGAUGUCCAUUCAUUCUGUAAGUUAAUAGUUAGUGAGUUAACAACAUUAAGCGAACAAGGGAUCAACAGCAGCGACAGCGCCGGACUGCAGACCCGCGUUCGCGUCAGCUCUAUUAUCUGUGACGCUCCUGCGAGGGCUUUCGUUAAGCAAAUCAAGAACGUGAAUGCAUAUAGUAGGUGCGAACGUCGUACAGUAACGGGUGUUUAUAUGGGUAAAGUAGUGUACCUAGAGAAAGGAGAGAGGGAUAGGACGGAUGAGGACUUCUUGCACUCUGUGGAGGACGGACACAGAGUCGGAGUGUCUCCAUUCCUCUCUUGCAACGUUGGCCUUAUUAACCAAUUUCCUCUAGAUCCCAUGCAUCUAGUUUACUUGGGUGUAGUGAAACGCUUACUUAGUCUGUGGGUUAGAAAUCAUCGGUCAAAGGACAGUGGUCGUACGACGCCUUCGAUACUGAAGGCCGUGCAGGUAAAGGCUAUAGACGAUAGGUUGCGUUCUUUAAACGCUUGCCUUCCAUCAGAAUUUUCACAAAAAGCUAGGUGUUUAAGUGAGUUCGAGUCCUGGAAGGCUACAGAGUUUAGGCAGUUUGUAUUGUAUCUAGGUCUUGUCGUUCUCCCGGGUAUCCUGCUUCUUAAUCAUUAUAAAUUGUAUUUAAUUGAAAUUAUAUAGAUAAUUAGGGAAGCCACUUACUAUCGUUUGCCUAUGCAAACAGUGCUCGUGAACCCUACAAACGCACAGGUAUUAUAGCUAUAAUAACCUCACUAGGUAUUGGUUUGCGAGCACUGGAGGGAAGAAGUGGCCAUUACGCUAGCACUUAAUUCACCUUAUUUCCUUUGCGUUUGUAGAUACUAUCAUGAGCCAACUACCGUACCGCCAACUGCCGGCCCGACAAAGGAGGUCUGCGAUUGAUGAGGCGAUCUACCUACUGGAAGGUGAAGGCAUUUCAUCGCCAGUAAGUUAUGGAAAAUAACGCAAUCAUACCUUUCAGGAGCCGCAGGUGGACGCCGAUGAUUCAUUCGACACCAUCCCCGUCGGUGACGACACGUUAACCACAGUGCCGAAAGCCAAUGCGCAGGAAGAUAUCCUGCUGCUCAUGUGA